AUGCCCCAGGAGGGCUGGGCAUCCCACACAGGAGCGAGCUUCCUCCAUCACUUCGGACAAGCCAAGCAGGGACAGAGAAUCAGUCUGCCAGAAAUGUGCAGGAUGACAGGGUCCAUCUCACACUGCCGCCUCUCCCUUUUGGGCCUCCUGGUCAUCAGCUACCUCCUGCAAGGCAUCGAAGGAGAGGGUUGCCCUCCAGAAUGGUUCCCCCAUGAGAAUCAUUGCUAUGGAUUCAGGCCGGAAGCAAUGACUUGGAAUGAUGCAGAGGUGGACUGCCACACCUAUGGCCGGAAUGGUCACUUGGCCUCCAUCCUCUCUGCAAAAGCAUCGGCCGCUGUGGCCAGUUUCCUGAACAGCAGGUAUAAGGGUGUGGAUCACAUAUGGAUUGGUCUGUUUGACCGUGGCACUGGCAUGAACAGGCAGUGGAGAUGGUCAGAUCUGGCCGUAUUCAGCUACUCCGCUUGGGCAAAGGGGGAACCCAAUAAUCAAAAGAAUCAGGCUGUCAAUGAAGACUGUGUUGAGUUGACUGGUGGAGAUCAUAAACAAUGGAAUGAUCACGACUGCAACGCCAUGCAUCCCUACUUGUGCAAAGUAUCUCGCUUGUGAAGGAAGCCAGUCAUUGGGCCUUUCACAUGCUCAGCACCUAGGGCAAUGGGGAUGAUUAGAGGCCCCUGCCUUCCAUGGGGGCCCACAGCCUCCCAUCGACUACCUUGUGUGGGAGGCUUUCUCUUCUCUGUGCUGUGAAACCAAUAAACUCUUUCCUGAAUCCA